UCCACAAAAUCCGAACAGACAAACAUAUAUACCCAAAAAAAAUAAUAAAUCAAACUUAACUAAAAUCGAAGUUCAGUAAUUUCGUAUAAUCGAGAAAAAAAUGGCAGAGGAAUUUGCAUUAGAUUUGGAAGAGCUUCGUCACUUGCAAGAAAUCGCCAAACGACCACGAAUCCUUUCUCUCCUCACCUCCGAGAUUCGCAACUUGGAGAAGUUAUCUUCAGAGGCGGCAUCUUCUGCCCGUGCAUCGCAGAUUCCAGCACCAAUUUCAACCGGAACUAAGGUGUCACCUGUAGUCAAUUAUUCCCCUCUUGCAUCGUUCAGUUGGGAUCAAGAUAAUGAAAAAGUCAAGAUAUACGUGUCAUUGGAGGGAGUUGAUGAGAGCAAGAUUGAAUCUGAGUUUAAGCCAAAUGCGUUUGAUGUUAAGUUCCAUGAUAUUCAAGGGAAGAACUAUCGAUGUGCAGUAGUGAAAUUGCACAAGGAGAUAGUACCUGAGAAAUGUAAGGUUCUUGUCAAGCCCAAAAGGGUAAUCAUCACUUUGGUGAAGGCUUCCAAAGCAAACUGGCUAGAUUUGCAUUUCAAAGAAGAUAAGCUGAAGCCAACCAUGGAUAAAGCAAAAGAUCCAAUGGCAGGAAUCAUGGACAUGAUGAAGAAUAUGUACGAGGAUGGGGAUGAGGAGAUGAAGAAAACAAUUGCAAAAGCAUGGACUGAUGCUAGAACUGGAAAAACAGCUGACCCUUUAAGUAGCUAUCGUUGAGCAACUGACAUGUUCAACUCCUGUUUUUUUGAGAGUGAUAUGCUUCACUUAUUUUCAUGAUUUAGUUUCUAUUAUAAAAUGAAUGCUUGGUUUAGGUACAUGGCACUGUAGGAAUUGAUGUUUAGUUACUGUUAUUAUUGAAGUUCUACUUAUUGAAAGAUGUGUUUUUUA